AUGGACGCUCUCAAAGCUGGUGCACAUAAAGUAGAAGAAGCAGUUCAUGGUAAAAAAGCCGACGAACACCUUGAAAAAGCAUCGGAUCCAUCAAAAGCACCAUCGGACCGUAUUGAUCAUGCUCAUGCUGCAGCUAAAUCAGAAUGCAAAGCAAAUGAACAUGCAUGCAAAGCCGAUUGCAAAACAAAUGAACAUAAACAUUAA